AUGUCAAUUGCAUCAGCUAAGAUCCUGCCCAGCCCCAUUGCAUGCUGCGUGGCCGUCGGCCCACCCACGGUGACGGCCGCCAACGACGACAAAGUCCGAUGGUCGCCCGCCCUGGCGGCGGCCGGCGGCAGCGCUACAUGCCCAGCCGGCUGGGGCCGCCGGCUGGGUGUGGCUGCACUCCUCCUGCUGCUGGCUGCCACCCUGCUGCUCUACCGGCUCUGCUAUGCCACGGCUGGCGCCACCGUCUGCGCGCCCAACAGUGCCGCCGGCCGCCUCCGGUUCCCGCACACGCAGCGUCGGCUGCCGGCCGCCAUCAUCAUCGGCGUGCGCAAGGGUGGCACGCGCGCCCUGCUCGAGAUGAUCAACAUUCACCCACAGGUGAUGCGCGCCUCGCGUGAGGUGCACUUCUUCGACCGGGACGAGAACUACCGGCGCGGCCUAGAGUGGUACCGCAAGCGCAUGCCCUUCUCCUUCGACGACCAGGUCACCGUGGAGAAGUCGCCCAGCUACUUCGUGACGCCCACCGUGCCCGGCCGGGUGUACCAGAUGAAUCCGUCCGUCCGUCUGAUCGUGGUGGUACGGGAGCCGGUGACUCGACUGAUAUCAGACUACACUCAGUACCUGGAGAAGUGGGCGGUCGAACGCAGGCCGAUACGGUCGCUCGCCGAGAUGGUGCUCCGGCCGGACGGUUCGGUGCGCGCCGAGUCCAAGCUGGUCAAGGCGUCGCUGUACCAGCGCCAUCUGAAACGCUGGCUGGAGUACUUCCCGCGCGCGGCGCUGCUCGUGGUGGACGGUGACCGGCUGAUCUCGGACCCGCUGCCGGAGGUGCGCCGCGUCGAGAGCCACCUCCACCUUCAGCCAUACAUCAGGCAGCGGCACUUCUACUUCAACAGCACCAAGGGCUUCUACUGCAUCACCGCCGAUGCCGGCGUGCAGGGCAAGUGCCUGUCAGCGUCCAAGGGCCGCAAGCACCCGGACGCCGAGCCGGCGCUGCUCGACGCGCUCUACCGCUUCUUCGCGCCGCACAACCGCAAGUUCUUCCGGCUGAUGCGGCGCAACUUUUCCUGGCCGAUCGGCGACUGACACCUGCGGACGGAAUGCCGCGGCGCGUUUUACCUGAUUUUCCGCGUGGCAGCGAAUCGGAGGGCUCUGGCGGGGCGUGUUCUAGCGUUCUUAGCUGAGCUGUGUGGUGGUGUGAGUACAGACAGGGGUAUCUCUGGUAAUCCUAUGCCGUUGUUGGCAAAACACGCAAUCGCGCUUUUGUAUUGCAUUUUGAACGUCUCUAGUGCACUGCCGAAAAUGUGUGGGGUCUGAGCGUUAGUCAGAACUGUAACUGUACAACAGAUAAGUACCUAAGUGGAUUUUAUGUAUUGUGCUAGUCUGCAUUAUUGGCUGACACAUAAGGUUAACUUGCUUACAUAACACGACCAGAGCCGUGGUCUGUGGCACUACCGUAUUGGAGCCUUUGUUUUGAUGAGCUAAUGGCUAAUGGCGUUGUGGUCGGUACCUCGCUAACGUUGUAUUAGUUACCCUUGCCCGUCAGUACAAUUUAAGCCUCGGCAACCGCAGAUCUUGCUCUAUGAUACCACCAUAUUGCAGAUCAUGUGUGUUUUCCAGCCCCUCUGAACUUGUUCCAGACAACAGGCCUGACUCGAGGCAUGCCCUUGCAAAAAAAGUUGAUGCACGAUGUCCUAUACUUUGCACGUGUUUGUCUAGCCAUGUCUCGACACAUUCACGUUAGUCGUGGUUGGUUAUGCCUGGGUGCUGAUCAGAACCCUGAACAAAGUCUUGCUCACAAGGAUGUUCCGUUGGAUAUUAUGUGCAGGUGCUUGGUGUUGGGUAUCCUAUCUGUGCUCGCAGAACGACGUGAAUGGUUUUCCGCUCUGAUGACGUCAGCUGCACUGUUGUGACUGAGUUUUGCGAUGCCCGGUAUGUGAAGCUUGAUUUGGCCGAGGAGAGUUGUGGCAAGUUCAAAGCGCAAUGUUAGUCAGGUUUCUUGUAGUACUGCCUGGUGGCGUGAGGUCUCCUGGCAGGCGCGUUGUGUUGCCGUUCACCUGUGAGCAGGUAUUUCGUCGAAGUUUGUCCGCCGCUAUUUGUGUGUUGUGCAUGGUCCCGCCGAAGAAGCCUCUGCAAGCACAAUCCCUAGCAUGUUGUUGAGAUGAUUCCUUUAGACCGCAUACGAAACCGGAUGAGAGGUGCACCGUUGCGGCGUUCGGUUCACUGCUGUCCCGCGGUAUCACAUAUCAUGCUGCGUGGUAACUCGAAUGCCCACCACUUGCCGCCGUGGUUCGCUUCCGCCGUCGUUCAGAUAGCGUCCGCCAUCAAUCUUGCGCGUGUCGCCUGGGGCGGGCUUGAUGCCCCGUCCCACCCCCUCCUCCGCCUCCCCCACCGGUCGAGCGGCGCUGCUGAGGGCGCGGGGCGCGCACGCUGUUCGUGUGGCAUGUGUGGCGCCGGCCUGAAGGGCGAUUGAUAUCGCUUUUUAACGCCCAUUGUCGCGGUGUCACGCACCUUCUCUCUCCUAUGGAGAGCAGCAUUUCCCGUCUGCGAAGGGUCCGUUUUAGGGCGAUUGCCCGGCGUCCGUCGGCCUUACAGUGACGCGCGUCCGAGUGCCGCGGCAGCGCCCGUGGGUCGGGUCUCGGAUCGUAACACCGUUUUGGGGCGAUUGCCCGGCGUCCGGCGGCCUUAAAGUGACGCACGUCCGAGUGCCGCGGCAGCGCCCGUGGGUCGGGUCUCGGAUCGUAACACCUUUUUGGGGCGAUUGCCCGGCGUCCGGCGGCCUUAAAGUGACGCACGUCCGAGUGCCGCGGCAGCGCCCGUGGGUCGGGUCUCGGAUCGUAACAGCAGCUGUCGCCAUUCCCGUGUCUUUUUUGUACUCAUUUGGUAGCUGGAUGAUGUGGCGUGGUAUUGGCUGGGUGAUCAGUCAGCUGAUCGUUCUUGUCGGCUGCUCGGGUGUCCAGGUGAAGCAGGUAGCAUUUUGUAUUGUGUUGGGCUUAAUUGACGUUGCAUUUGUGAGGUGCUUUUCAUUACAUUAAACAUUGCCUGCCACUAAGCAAUCGUAAUGAGUUUGGUGUUCGGGUGCCAAAUACACAGUUUCAUAGAGCUACG